AUGCAGUCGCUGCGGGACGCGUCGUCAUCAUCGGCAGCAGCGGCCGCAACCGCGCCGGCCGUGCCCCAGCCGGGCGCGGUCCGGAAGCGCCGGUCCUUCACCGCGGCGGCAGCAGCGCGGCAGGCAACCAACAGCAGCAACGGCAGCAGUAGCACCACCCAUGAGGCCGCCGUGGCGGCGGCGCUGGCCAUGUCCGAGGGCGGCGGGCGCAACAACCACCACUCCUCCUUCUCGUCAUCCGCCGGGGGGUCCUUCUACUACUCCCCCUCGCCGUCCUCGCCGUGCCGCCGCGUGCCGCGCAAAGCCCUAUCGACCAACAACCUCAUCGGCGGCGGCGGCGGCGGGUCGUUUUCUUCCUCAUCUACUUAUACUGCUGCUGCACCGCCGCCGUCCCCCCCGCCCCCGCCGCCGGGCUCCUUCGGCUUCGUCAACUACACGGCGCAGGACCACGACGUGCUCAUGGCCGGCGUGGCGCCCAGCGGCUCGGCAAAGACGAAGGCCCGCCGCGAGCGCGAGACCAUCGAGACCAUCGAGCGCGAGCGCCAGCGUCAGAGGGUCCUGGCCGACGCCCUGUCCGCCGUCGGCGCCGACGUGCCGGUGCUCAAGUAUGGGGGGAUCGCCAUCUGA